AUGCCCGUGAAGCCAAAGCCAACAGCUAGCAUGAUGUGGCUCGAGCAGCAGCGCGAGCGGGAGUACCAGCAACACCGGAGCCGUGUAGAGAAUCAGAAGGCUUGCAUUGACAACAAACCCCCACACGCAUUGAGUCUGAGCAAUAAGAGGGUUCUGAUGGAGCAAGAGCGUUGGAGGCGCAUUGAGGGAGAGAACAGGCGGUUGGUUGCCAACAUGGCGGCCAUCAUGGAGAAAGGUGGUGGAAUUGACAACAAGGAGCCGUGGCGGAACACCAACGGUGCGCGUGAUGCUGAACGGCGCCGACGCAAAGAACAGGAACGCAUCACAGCAGAGAAUCUCCAGAUGCUCAAACGCCUGCAAGGGACAAAGCCGGUGUACUGCCUGGAGCAGUGGGAGUAUGAUCGCGAGAAGAAUGAGGAAUAUGCUACACGACUGAGCCGAUACACACACGAGCCGUCAGAGCCCAGGGAUGAUGAGGAGUAA